AUGCCCUUUGACUCUCAACAAAAAAUCACUUUGUUGAUUAAUGCAAGUGAUCAUUUGCUUGAAAAUGCGCACAAGUUUGGUUAUUCUACUUUCAAAUCGCAAAGUCGUUUGAACACAUAUAACAGAUACAUCAAGUCCUCAUUAAACUGUUUAAUUACUCUUGUCACAACUUAUAAAUCGUCAUUGGAUACAUCUACGGAAAGCAAACUUUGUUAUAAGUUAGCACAAUUAUUGUUCAGUGAGACUAGUUGUUUUGAUUUGGCUUUAGAAUACUGUACAAGAGGAAUUCAGAUAUGUGCGAGAUCCGGUGAUCUUUAUCGUACAAAAAUACGACUUGAACUUCUUAGUUUUGAAAUUCAAUACCGAGAGGACAGAAGUUUUGGCCGCAAGAGUACAUUAAAGUAUUUAAACACUUUGUUUGAUCAAGUACCUGAGUUUUCUCCGAACUUGAGAAGCUACCUCUUAUUUGUUAAAUACAGGUAUUUUGGAAUGAACUUUAGUGAAGAACAGCGAGUCACCCUCUUAGAAACAUGUAUGAAUGAUAUAGCUAAACUUGUGAAUGGCGAAAACUUCUCGCUUUACUGUUUAGUGCAGCUGGAAUAUGUCAAAGAGCUUCUUAAUCAGCAUAAACCUAUCGGUAACAUAAGGGCAGCUUUUGAGCGUUUGCAGUACAAGCUUGAAAGCGAUGAUGCAUUGAGCUGCUUGUUGCCUGUUCAGAUUAGAGCUAGUGUCCUACUUCUUGAUUUUAUUAUCCUAUCCCAAGAGAAUAAUCUGGAGGAUUCUAAGAGCAAAAUUGUUAUCAUAAGCGGAUUCAUCAAGAAAAUAUCUCAGGACCCUUCUAACGGUUGGGGUCAGAAUUCGAAGUUCAGAAUUGAUAUAGGGCUUCAGGAUUUGCAUAAUCACUCUUUUAGAAUGCCGUUGGAUGUGAGCUGGCUCACAUCUAAAGAGUUUGUGGCACUCGCUUAUUUUUAUUUUGGUGUUUCUUACCUCCCAAAAUCAUGGGAUGGGCACAAUCGUACUGAAAAGUUACUCUUCCGGUGUCAAACCAUCUUGGAGAAGUUGGAUCAAGAGAGAAUUGGUGUUAUUUCUCCCGUUGAUCUGGAAAAAAAUGUUCUAGGCAGAAGAUUAAUGUCACUUUUAAUUAACUCAUAUGCAAUACUUUCAUCGAUGCAAUCUGGACAUCUCAAGGAAAGAGACGUUGACAAUCCAUUUAACAAACAAAUUGUACAAUUUAUUGAAGACUAUGAUGGGAGCAAAUUCUCUUCACAGGAAUUGGUUGUGUACCACAAAAUGGUGCCAAUUCUUUUCUACCUUUGGGCCUUGUAUUACCAGCAAAAUGGGGAUUUCAACAGAGCAAAGUACUAUUACUUGAAGGUUCGUGAACUUCAUUCAUCGAUCCAUAAUGAAUUGAGUGCAGAAGAAUUCUUCAGUGAUUCCAUGAUGGUCACUUUUCUUCAGCUGGGAUCUGGACUGAGUGGUUCUAUGUUUGAAUCUAAGGGUCUGAAAUCUGAACUAUAUGUUGUAUGCACGCUAAAUCUUUUGUCUAUUGUUCUCUAUGAACUGUUUGUGUUACGGGAAAAUGCUGUAUUGCAAACAGACUCGGGCUACAAACAAUACAUUGGCAAGCUUUCUGAUUCCUUAAAUCUUAAGGAUUUGUUGACUAAAGAACUUCAGAACAUUGAUAUUAGCAAAAAAAGCAGCACCACGGAUAAACUGUUACUUCGAUACACAAUAUUAUGCUUGGAGUAUGCUGCAGAUGAAUCUAAGGAAUGUUUGACUGACAAAGAUUUUCAGGAUAUCGAUGAGAUAUCGCAUAUUUCACCGUUUCUAGUGUCGGUGAUGUAUUACAUUGCGGGAAAAACGUUUAAAUUUAGUCGUCUCAGACCUGAGGUUGACAAUAUCAACUCUCGGGUCAAAUUAUUUUCAAAGUCCUAUCAAGAAUCGAUGAAAUCGCUGGCGCAUCCGAAUAUGAUUGGAUAUAUGUCAACGCUUCAAAUAUACUCGAUUAUCCGUUCGUACAGGAACUAUUUUGAUGAAAAGCAACUCUGUGCCGUAGAACAGCAGUUGAAAGAAUUAAGGCCGAUGGGAAGAGAAGACAGUAAUGUAAAACAAGAAAAAUAA